ACAUGUCUACGUGGGGUUAUUUGGAUGAUUUAGUUCAGAGCAUAGAGACUCGGCUUUAAAUUCGGUUCUUUGAAACAAACUUUAAAAGAGUCGACUCGCAAAAACGAGUCGGACUUCCUAUCACCAUACUGUAUAUUCUAAGGAAGGCGGAAUGGAGCAGAUGGCAGCGAAUGGACAGUAAACUUCAAACUGUCAGAAAUGGAUUGUCAAGAAAAGCUGGAGGUGCCCGUGUACACCGAUGUGGACAGAGAGACUUUCUUGAGGGAUAUAUAUCCGCUGCGUAGACCGGCGGUUCUGAAGCGUGUGCCCCUGGGGCCCUGUGUGCGCUCGUGGACGGUGAGUUAUCUCGCGCAGAAGGGGGGAGACCGCGAGGUCAAAGUGCAUGUGUCCCCAGAGCCCAGGAUGGACUUUCUGCACAAGAACUUUGUGUACAGGACUCUGCCAUUUGACAAGUUCAUUCAGAGAGCUGCAGAGGCAAAGCACUCAGAUUUCUUCAUUAGUGAGGAUGAAAGCUACUACUUGCGCUCACUUGGAGAAGAUGUUCGUAAGGAACCAGCUGAUUUAAGGAAGCAGUUCCCUGAGCUAGCAGAGGAUUUCCAUAUACCCCAGUUCUUUGAGCCAGAGCAGUUUUUCUCCAGUGUCUUUCGCAUCAGUUCCCCUGGUCUGCAGCUGUGGACACACUACGAUGUAAUGGACAACCUUCUGGCUCAAGUUACAGGAAGAAAGCGUGUUGUUCUGUACAGCCCCAAAGAUGCCCUUUAUCUCUACCUCACAGGGGACAAGUCUGAAGUUUUGGACAUUGACACAACUGAUCUGCAGCUUUAUCCUGAGUUUGUGAAAGCAAGUCGCUACGAGUGUAUUCUGGAACCAGGAGACCUGCUCUUCAUUCCAGCACUUUGGUUUCACAAUACCCUGGCUCUCCAGUUUGGAGUUGGUGUCAACGUGUUCUGGAGACAUCUGCCACCUGAGAGUUAUGAUAAGAAAGAUCCAUAUGGAAACAAAGACCCAGUAGCAGCCUCUCGAGUCCUGCAGUCACUAGAGAGGACUUUAGGCAUCUUGGAAGAACUGCCACCUGAUUAUCAGGAUUUCUAUGCUCGGCGCAUGGUGCUGCGGAUUCAAAGCCGGGCCUACCUUAGGCAAACUAUGGAGGCAUCACAGGAAAAUUCAGACACAGCAUAGUUCUCUCACUGUUUACAUUGAAAUGGAGCUAUAGAGUUUGAGAAUGACAAUAAAGGCAUUUUAGUUUCUUUCCAAAAAAUUAAUGAUUAAAUAUAUUAAUAUACUGCUGGUUUAAAGCAUGGUCUCAAAUCAACAGUUCUGGAGCACGUGCAGUAACUAUUAGGACACAGUUCUGACAAAAUUAGGCUUCCUGUAACAAUUGUUGGUAACUUUAUUUUAAGGUGUCCUUGUUACACAUGUUACAUAUACUUAU